UUGGAUUUGGAUGAACAAGCGAAGGAAGUGAUGGAGCAGGUAAAGAAGAUGAUAGACCAGGACCGCACAUUAACAGAAGAGGAAAAAGCAUUCAUGAUGGAACAUGUAGUAAAAGAAUUAAGUCAGCAAGACAAAGCACUGAAUGAAUAUGUAAACGAAAUGGAAUUUGAGGAAGAAGAUGAAACGGUGAUGGAACACGUAAAAAGGCAGCUGGAGCGAGAAGAGAUUUGUGAAGAGGAUAAAAUAUUUAUCAUGGAAGAGGUUAAGGAUCUUAUGAAGAAAGACAAAGCACAAGCAGUGCAGGUGAUAGAACUAUGUGAGCACAAAACUGAAGUAAAGGAAGAGGAAGAGCCCCUUAUGGAACUGAACAUAGAACUAAAGGACAUGGAAAAAGCACCGAAGGACAAUGGAACUGAACUGACAAACGGAAAAGAAGAACUGAUUAAAGAGAACGGAGAAGUGGACCAGGUAAAAAGUCUGAUGAAGAUUGAAGAAUUGACAGCAGAGGAAAAUGAAUUCAUCAUGGAGCAGUUAAAAGAACUUGUGCAAAAAGACAACUCCCUGACUAAUCAAGAAAAUGAAUUCUCUGAUCACAAAACCAGAGUGGAAGUCGAAAAGUCACUGGUGGACAAGGGAUUUGAACUGGAAAAAACAGAACUGAAUGAACAGAUAUGUGAUGAGGGACAAGAAAAAUGUACAGGACAGGAAAAUAAAUUCAUCAUGGAGCCAUUAAAAGAUCUGAUCCAGAAAGAGAAAGCCCCCACUGCAGUGGAACCCAAAGCAGAAUCGAAGGUACCUGAGCAAGAGCUGCAAAGACUUCUUGUGGAUAAAGAAACAGAACUCAAGGACCAAGAGGAAAAAACCCUUAUGGAAUAUGGCACAGAUCUAAAGGACAUAGAAAAAGCACUGGAAGACAAUAGUAAUGAUGUAACGAAAGAAGUCCCCACCCAACCAGAGAAAUCACUUGUGGAAAAGAAAGAAUGUAUGGAACCCAAAGUCGAACUGGUGCCGGUGAAAGAACUGCAAGACAAAGAACCAGAAAAGGCAGAAGAACACGUGGAUUAUCAAACAGAUAUCAAGGACCAGGAAAAAGCUGAAUUGACCAGGACCAACAAGGAAGACAAAUUGAUGGAGCUGAAAACAGAGCAGAAAGAUCUCAUGGAAGAACCCAAGGAACAGGGACAAGAGUUGAUAGACCACCAGGAUAAUGAACAGCGUUUGGAUCAAGAGCAGCAUGUGGAAGGAACAACCGAGGAGACUGACGGGCAAGCAAAUGAGCAUGAGAGAAUGAAUGACACACAUGGCGAGAGUGAGACGACAGUCUGUGAGACACAAGUUGAGGAUAUGAAUCAGAUUAGGUACGCAGUGCACGAGAAACUGGAACGGCUCAGAGAAGAGCUAGAAAAGCGCCAACAUUUCCAGGAUAUCCAGACUAAGUUCAUGGAUAUCCUGAGACUGAAGAUGCACAUGAUCGCACACAGACUGGACGCCGGCAGUGAAAACAACACAGAAAUGCAGAGGAUGGAAGCGCAAAUGGCAGACAAGAUAGCAGACUUGGAGAGACUGAAGAAGGGCACCGUACCAACAAGUAAAGGGAUGCAAGAAACACCUGGAGCUGGGACAGAAGAAGGCCAUGAAGGAAAGAUCGAGCAAAUAGAGAGUGUCAUUGCAGGGGUACAGGUAGAAGUAGUGAAGGAGAAACUGAGAAUGGCUGAGCAUACCAUCGCAGAGCAGCAAAGACAGAUAUGUGUCCUGGAGAGAACAGCAGCAGAGUUCAUGAUAAUGUACAAGGAGAUGCAGAAAGACAAAGAGGAGGCCCAGAGACACAGAGAGGAACAGGACCAAAGGAUUCUACAACUGCAGACAUUGGCUGCACACUUGAUGACAAAAAUGACAGAGAUGGAGAGACACAGCAAUGAGGCAACACAAAGACGAGAGGAGUUUGAAAACACAACAGAGGCAACAGAGAGAAUGAUAGAAGACUAUGAUUUGAGACAAGGCGAACACCAAUUGGCAAUGGUGAUGUUGGAUGGAGCCAACAUUCUUAAUGAGGAGGAUGGAGAAAACAAAGAGAAAAUAAAGACACCCUGUUUGGACCUUGAGGACAUGAGGAGAGACAUCUGGGUGGCUGGGGACCAGGCCACACCUGGUGUCACUCUGGUGUCCCUGGACCAGACCAGUCUCACCUCUGGAGGACAGGAGGAUCCACUGCCAUGGUUCAGUUUGGAUACAGUAAUCAGUUGCAGCUCCACAAAUGCUGAGGUGGAGAAAAUGAGUAUGGAGCUGGAGAGAGAAGAGCAGAAACACAUGGAAAAAGAGGACAAUGAAGAGAAGGUCAUAGAAAUGGAGAAGGAACAGACCAAAAAAGUUGAACCGGCUGACCAGAGAAAAAAAUGGACAGGAGUAGGUCUAGAAACAAAUGAUCAGAGAGAACAGCAGGGAGAAGUUGAGAUUGAAGUAAUGGAGGAAGCUAACAUACUCAGUGAAAAAGAGGAAAGAAAAAAUUACAAAGUUGAAAUAAAGACAACCCUUGAGGACAUCAGGAGAGACAUCUGGGUGACUGGGGACCAGGCCACACCUGGUGUCACUCUGGUGUCCCUGGACCAGGCCAGUCCCACCUCAGGACAGGGGGACACACUGCCAUGGUUCACCUCGAAUGCAGUAAUCAGUUGGGGCUCCACAAAUGUUGAGGUGGAGAAAAGAAGUGUGGAACUGGAGAAAAAAGAGCUGAACAAUGUGCAAAAAGAGUUCAAGGAAGAGAAAGAAGUCAUAGAAAUGGAGAAGAAACAGACCAAAAAAGUUGAACCGGCUGACCAGAGAAAAGAGUGGACAGAAGUAGGUCAAGAAACAAAUUAUCAGGGAGAAGAGCAGGGAGAAGUUGAGACUGAAGUAAUGGAGGAAGCCAACAUACUUAGUGAGAAGGAGGAUGGAGAAAAAGACAAAGAGGAAAUAAAGACAACCCUUGAGGACAUCAGGAGAGACAUCUGGGUGGCUGGGGAGCAGGCCACACCUGGUGUCACUCUGGUGUCCCUGGACCAGGCCAGUCCCACCUCAGGAGGAAAGGGGGACACACUGCCAUGGUUCACUUUGGAUACAGUAAUGAUUUGGAACGAAGGGACAGAACUAGAUGAAGAAACAACUGAUAAGGGAGAAGAUCAGGGCACACCUGGUGUCACUCAGCUGUCUGUGGGCCAGGACAGUCCCACCUCAGGAAAGGGGGACACACUGCCAUGGUUCACUUUGGAUACAGUAAUCAGUUGGAAAUCCACAAAUGCUGAGGUGGAGAAAAGGAGUAUGGCACUGGAGAGAAAGGAGGUGAACAAUGUGGGGAAACAGGAGAAAAAAGAAAAGCAAAAGGAACAGACCAAACUGCAUGAAGUGAUAGAAAAGGUAACAAAGGCGAUGGAGGCAAAAGGAGAGCAAGAUAUAGCACUGGCGGAGCACAAAAAUGAUGACAAGAUGACGUCCCAUUGUGAUGACGAGAAACAUCAAAAAAUAAUCCCUCUGACAGGAAAUCAUCAGAAAUUGAUUCAGCAGAUGACCAGAGAGCUAAAGAAUGACAGAAAGCUGAUGACUGAAACAUCAACCAAUACCCUACUGGGCUGGGGUGACCCGCACUUCUUCAGGCCUGAAGACUAUGGCAUGGACACAGCCGCAGAAGGAGAGAGACGCGUUGGCCAGCCUGAGAGCCACCAGGGAAAGAAGAAGAAAAAGAAGAAAUCUGUUCUUAAAUGGCUGAAAAAGAGACUUUGUUUCAAAUGAAGAUGACAACCCACAUAUGCAAGCAUACACAAAAGACAAAAAAGAAAAGAAAAAACAAAACACAUAAAGAAACAAACUACAGCAAAAAUAUACUUUUUAACGUACUUUUACUUACUUUUACUCAUUGCAAAACAACAAAAA